AGUGACUGCUACUAUACAAGACCCUAUUUUUAAAUGGUGUUGUUACCCACCAACAUCUAGGGCGUUUCUUCUUUUUCUUGGAUAUGAACAGACAGAAUGUAUUGUUAAAAACCCCGCACUCGCCAGCAGUAAAUCGUCCUCGUCCCUCGACACUAGCACAGAACUUAACCCAACGGCCCCAACGCGGUCCAACUCGAAACUAAAUUUAGGUGUAGAUAACCGCAUUGCAAUACCUUCCAACAACAAACACACAUGUGCUUGCAUUCCUUUGUUCGGCGUGGAAUUUCGGUCUGAACGCGGCUUAGGGAAUUCGCCAUAUCAUGUGGGAACGAUUUUAUUGCUUUACGCAACUGAGUUAUAUGAAAUAGUUCUUGGGCUGGCGACACUGUGAGCUGUUGACAGCGUCGCUGUCUGAACUUCACCUUGUCAAAUGUCAACUAUCCUUCAACCUCAAAAAAAAAUUCCAAAACAGAAGGAAGUGUUUGAAAAAACAAGGUAAUAAAAUGGAUUUAACAAAGGUAUCAAAUGAGAAGAAGCUGUCUCUUUGUCAAUGGUAUUUUAGAAUUGGAUUUCUAUUUUUACCUUUCGUAUGGGCAGUAAAUGCUAUUUGGUUCUUCAAUGAAGCAUUCCGGAAGCCAGCGUAUGAGGAACAAAAGCGUAUUAAGAAAUAUGUGAUAUUUUCUGGAAUAGGAUCUUCAAUAUGGUUGAUCUUGAUAGUUUCAUGGGUAACAACAUUCCAGCUCAACAGAGCCAGAUGGGGAGCAUUUGCUGAUUAUAUAUCAUUUAUAAUUCCAGUUGGAACCCCUUGAAAAUGAUAGGAUACUUUUAAAAAAAUAAUUUAUUUAAUUUUCAUAUAUAUGUACAUGAAACACAAUUUUAGCUAAACACAGUGGUAUUUCAAUAAAACAAUUUUACUAAAAUGCAGUCUGGUCAUUAUAUACUCAUAAAAUUAUUUCAAGAACUCACACAAUAUUAUAUUACUAUGUAAUAGUAACAUGUGACUUUUUUUUUAAACAAACAGAAGGUGAACUAUCACCUUAAAUGAUAUUCCACCCAACAGUAGAACAUUAAAACAUGUUUCCUAUCUAACAUAUAUACUAUGACUUCUAUUCAAAUUAUGUAACAUUUUUUAAUAAAAAUAUUAAUGCCGAG